CUGUUUGACGAAUGACGUUUAUGUUUAUAAGGUUCUGAAAUGUGAUUGAGAAAUGGGAAGUGGUUAGGGGUAGUUAUUUAUUAAUUUGCAUUUAAGUUAUAAAAAUUAUCAAAUUGAAAUAAAACGCAGCUACUUUUAACCUGUACUUAUUCCGAAAUAAUUAUGUCACAAAAUAUAAAAAUUUUGCCUGGUGCAACGGUGUGUGAGGAUUGUACACUUGAAGGUGAUAUUACUAUUGGCGGAGGCACAGUGAUUCACCCAAGAGUAACAAUUAUUGCAGAGGGAGGUCCUAUUAUUAUAGCUGAGUAUUGCAUUAUUGAAGAAUACUCCACAAUAAUCCACAAGAAAAGUGAUAAACAAGAGAGUCCUCCAAAACCACUUUUUAUUGGAGCUCACAAUGUAUUUGAAGUUGGAUGCAAAUUAGAAUCACCAUUUGGACAUAUUGGUGAAAGCAAUGUUUUUGAAUGCAAAUCAUAUGUAGGUGUUGAUGUGAAAAUUGGCAGUGGAUGUGUUAUAGGAGCAGCAUGUCAAUUAAUAGUCCCUCAGUCGUUACAAGACAACACUGUUAUUUGGGGUUCAGAACACCACAGCAGAGAAGCAUUAGAGAAGCAACCAUCACAACUUUUACAACUUGAUUUUCUCAGCAAAGUUAUGCCUAACUAUCACCGGCUAAGAAAACCAAAUUUACAUAAGCGCCAACCUUCAAGACAAUCUCAAGAAGGUGCAAAAGUGUAAAGCUACAAAUAUUAAAAGAUGUACAUUAUAUAUCAAUUGCUUAAGCUUAUUUAUCAUAUGUUAUAAGCUUUUGAAGAAAAAGUUACUAGAUUAUGAAAUCUAGCCAGUCUAGUUUUAUGUCUGCAGCCACAGUGUGAGCCCUAUAGGUUGUUGAUUUUAUGAAAUUAUACAUACUUUCAUAGAUCCAGUUAUUAUGCUGUAAUUAGAGAAAUACAGACAUAUUUGUGUACAAAAAUUUUUUUUUUUAUAAGAAGGUCCCUUUUGCAAUUAUACCUUUUAUUGUAUUUAUUAAACACCAAGAUAAAAAAGUACCUCCACACUAACCUAGAAUAAUAUGUUGAUAUUGAUGAGUAUAUAGAUUCUUUAUUAAUAAAUGUAGGCCAGCUGAAAAAUGUUUUCAGAUAUAAACCAAUGUUUCAAUUUUUUUUUUCUUUA